AUGACCAGUGUGCUCCGGCAAAAGGCACAAGAAACGCCUGACGAGCGUCGACAACGGAAAUCUGCCGAUUUCCCCAGUGUCGAGAAGAAGUUACCACUACGAUGGUAUCGACGGAGCACCAGCGUUAUAGAUUUCGUCUCGUCCGUGCUGGGGCAGCGGAACCCUUUGGCGCAACCGGCUAAUCCACGCGACAACACCGUCUGGUUGCUAGAUAAUACGGCUUAUCGGCCCGUGCGCAGAGGUAGGAAAGGGACGCAAACAUGGCAGGCCGAGAUAGUCGCAUGCGUUUUCGUUGCAGGCGACCGCGAAGAUAUUGGUGAAUUUGUUGCGUCGCUGGCAGACGCAAUAGGCCUCGAUGGCGAAUUGGGCAAGGAUGAAACGGUCAGGAGACGGAUUCAAGAGCGACUGCAGCCCUUUUUGACCAAAAUAUCGCCCUCUCGAUCAUUGACCCUCGAAAUACCUCUUCCCAAUGGCCAGAGACGGCAGCACCAACUAGGCCCGACGAACGAUAACGGGAUCGCCAACAAGACUCUACCUAUCGACGGUCGUACAGUCAAGAAUGGAACGGUGGUGAAGCCCUACCUUAAGGGCUGGGAUGAUAUGGUCUCGAUGGAGACUAGGUUUGCGAGUCCUGAAGGCUGGCUUGUCAUCUCGGAUAUCGACGAUACGAUCAAGUACACUCAGACUCCAGAGCCUACAGGUAUCCUACGGACGACGUUCGCGGAAGAGCCCAAGCCUAUCCCCGGAAUGCCUCAGUUCUAUUCGCAUGUCCAGAAAUAUCUCGUACCCACUUGGUUCUACUUGUCCGCUUCGCCAUACAAUCUGUAUCCUUUCCUGCGGCAGUUCCUCCGUUCCAACUAUAGCCCGGGGACUCUUAUACUUCGUGAUUUCUCAUGGAUGGAUCUAGGAGCGUUGUUGAAGACCUUCACGCAGGGCACACAGACCUACAAGGUAGAUCGAAUGAAGAAGAUCCAUCAAUGGCUCCCGGGGCGAAAGGUCCUGUGUGUCGGUGAUUCCACACAGAGUGAUCCUGAAGCUUAUGCGGAAAUCUACAAGAAAUACCCAGGAUGGGUCCAUGCUAUCUUCAUCAGAAAAGUGACAGACGUUGCCCACAUGGAAAAGAAAAACACAGAUGAAAGAUUCCAAAAUGCGUUCAAGGGCAUACCGCAGCAUGUCUGGAAAGUCUUUGAGAAGCCAGAAGAACUACAUAGACUCGUCGAGAAGCUGAAAUAG